CAAACUGGGAUCACCCCCAAACUGGGAACCCCAAAACUGGGACCCUAUGGGACUGGGAUCACCUGAAACUGGGACACCCCCAAACUGGGAUCCCCCCCAAACUGGGAUCCCCCCCAAACUGGGACCCUAUGGAACUGGGACCCCCAAAACUCGGACACCCCCAAACUGGGGUCGCCCCCAAACUGGGAUCCUAUGGGACUGGGAUCCCCCCCAAACUGGGAACCCCCCCAAACUGGGACCCUAUGGGACUGGGACCCCCAAAACUGGGACCCCCCCAAACUGGGAUCUCCAAAUCUAGGACCCCCCAAACUGGAACACCCCCAAACUGGGAAGCCCCCAAACUGGGAUCCUAUGGGACUGGGAUCCCCCAAACUGGGAACCCCAAAACUGGGACCCUAUGGGACUGGGACCCCCAAAACUGGGACCCCCCCAAACUGGGAUCCCCCCCAAACUGGGACCCUAUGGGACUGGGAUCACCUGAAACUGGGACACCCCCAAAGUGGGAUCACCCCCAAACUGGGAUCCUAUUGAACUGGGAUCCCCCCCAAACUGGGACCCUAUGGAACUGGCACACCCAAACUGGGAUCACCCCCAAACUGGGACCCCCCCAAACCGGGACCCUAUGGAACUGGGACCCCCAAACUGGGAACCCCCCCGAACUGGGACCAUAUGGGACUGGAAUCCCCCAAAACUGGGACCCCCCCAAACUGGGAUCCCCCCCAAAACUGGGACCCUAUUGGACUGGGACCCCCAAACUGGGAUCCCCAAAACUGGGACACCCCUAAACUGGGAUCCUAUGGAACUGGGAUCCCCCUCAAACUGGGACCCUGAGGGACUGGGAUCCCCAAAAUUGGGAUCACCCCCCAAACUGGGACCCUAUGGGACUGGGAUCCCCCCCAAACUGGGAUCCAAUGGAACUGGAACACCCCCAAACUGGGAUCACCCCCAAACAGGGAUCCCCCCAUACUGGGAACCCCAAAAGUGGGACAGCCCCAAACUGGGAUCCCCCCCAAACUGGGACCCUAUGGGACUGGGAUCCCCCAAACUGGGACCCCCCCAAACUGGGAUCCCCCCCGAACUGGGACCCUAUGGGACUGGGACAUCCCAAACUGGGACCCCCCCAAACUGGGAUCACCCCCAAACUGGGGCCCUAUGGGACUGGGAUCCCCCAAAACUCGGACACCCCCAAACUGGGGUCGCCCCCAAACUGGGAUCCUAUGGGACUGGGAUCCCCCCCAAACUGGGAACCCCAAAACUGGGACCCUAUGGAACUGGGACCCCCCCAAACUGGGACGCCCCCAAACUGGGAUCCCCCCCAAACUGGGAUCCUAUGGAACUGGUAUCCCCCCCAAACUGGGAUCCCCCCAAACUGGGAUGCUAUGGGACUGGGAUCCCCCAAACUGGGACACCCCCAAACUGGGAUCCCCCCCCAAACUGGGACCUUGUGGGAUUGGGACCCCCAAACUGGGACCCCCAAACUGGGAUCCCCAUAUCUGAGACACCCCCAAACUGGGACCCUGUGGAACUGGGACCCCCAAACUGGGAUCCCCCCCAAACUGGAACCCCCCGUGCAACUCUUGGCCCCGCCCCCUUUGCUUAAGCCCCGCCCCUCGCUCAAACCACGCCCACCCGGGGUCGCCGCAAAGCCCCGCCCCCCCUCGGUGGGCGUGGCCUCCAGCUCACGUGACGCGCUCAAGCCCCGCCCUCCUGGCUAAGCCCCGCCCCCUUCGCUGUGUAAGCUCCGCCCCCUCGCAAUAAAGCGCUGCUGCUGCUGCUGAC